GGAGAGAAGAAAGAGAGAGAGAGAGCGAGCGAGCGAGCGAGCGAAGUGGUCUCCGGCGUUUCUAAUCUUUGUCGCAGUUAUGGCUUAUGAAGUUGUGGCUGCUGGAAUGAAGAGAAAAAGAGAGGAAUCGUCUUCAACCACACGGUCGUCGUCUGUAGACAAUUAUCAAGUAUUCUUGAAUUUUAGAGGUACAGACACUCGCAAAGGAUUCGUGGGUCACCUAUAUGACAAACUGAAAAAUGCAGGGAUCGAGGUCUUUAAAGAUGAUGAAAAGCUCCGAGGUGGGGAAGAGAUCAGUCAGGCUCUAAAAAAUGCGAUUAAGCGGUCGAGGAUCUCGAUAGCCAUCUUCUCCAAUGAUUAUGCUUCUGCUAAAUAUUGCCUCAUGGAGCUGGAACAAAUGUGGGGGUGCAGACGAUCAGAUGAACAUACUCUUAUCCCUAUUUUCUAUGAUGUUAGUCCUGACACUGUGAAACACCAGACUGAAAAUUUCGAAACGUCCUUCGAGAAAUAUAAGGGCAAAGUCGACGCAAAGACCAUCCAAAAUUGGAGGGAUGUCCUUAAACAGGUCGGGAUUAGUCGGAUUUGUGCGAGCGGACAGCAAUGUGGGGUAAUUCUUUUGCUGCGGGUUUCUUCUUUCUUUUCUAGAAAAAUGAAAAAAAAAAAAUGUUUAGGACGAUGUCAAUAUGAAUCCGAACCUUUUUCUAAAAAAAGUCCUAUAUAAUCAUAUCUGUGAUGGUGCAUGCCAGAGAGAUCUUCAAGGGUAUUCCUAUGGAAUAAAUUGAUAAUUUUACAGGUUGAAGCUAUCGAGUAAUUGGUAAGGGCCAGUUGACAAUUAACUCGACUUAUGACGUAACUGCGAGUUAGACCAGCCAACCGGGUCCACCACGCUCUGUCCUUUCCCCCUUGGCUAGAUCUUUUGUUACGCAGAUAGCGUGAAAUCAAUAUCCAAACUGCUAUGUGCAUUAAAACUUGCUCCAUUUUAACUGAAGAUUCCCCCGGCCCCCCUCUUGCUUGCUUUAUAAUUUCAUCGGUUCACUCCCCACUUGAUUUUUGUCUGCUUUUUAAUAUAUUAGAUAAGUCUGUUGUCAUCCUUGUGCUUCAUCACUCAUGUUUUUUCGCAGGGAUGAGGCCACCGUCCUAAAAAAAGUGCUUAAACGCGUCAAGGAGGUGUUGGAUGAGGAUGACCAAUAUGUAACCGAGAAACUAGUUGGAAUCGGUCUUCGUGUUCAAGAGAUGAUGACAAAGCUUGGUGUUGUCUACAGCCAUGGAGAAGUGAAGACAUUAUGUGGAGAAGAUGUACGUGUUGUCGGAAUAUGCGGUAUACCAGGUGUAGGAAAGACUACACUUGCAAAGGUUGUCUUUAACAAGAUUCGCAAGUCGUUUAAUAGGCUUAGCUUCCUUGAAGAUAUAAAUUUGAAAGGAGUCAAGGUUUAUCCUGAUCUGUUGAUUGCUGAACUUCAAAAAGAAAAACAUGAUCCACGGAGGCCUUUUGGUAUAGGUAGUAAAAAAAUGAAAAGUGUCUUUACUAACACCAAGGUUCUCAUUGUGCUUGAUGAUGUGCAUAAGGAUGAACAAAUUGAAGCAUUAGCCAAGGACCUUUCUUGGUUGGGUCAAGGAAGUAGAAUCAUUGUGACCACAGAUAACAGAAAAGUUUUAAAUGUUUUCCACAAUGUGACAGUUGAAGAAUGCGAGGUUAAACCAAUGGGAAAUUACCAUGCUCAUCAACUCUUUUGGAAGCAUGUUUUACAAGGUAAUGCUUCCCCAGAUGUCCUCGAGUACGAUUCCUUGUCCAGAGACAUCGUCGAAGCUCUUGGAGGGCUUCCUAUGGCUAUUGUGCCUUGGGCAAAUUCUUUAAAGAAAGAGAAGAAUAUAGAGAUGUGGAAAUGUACCCGGGAAUUCUUAAGAGAACAUCCACAUGAGGGAAAGGUAGAAGAUGCCUUGAACGCCAGUUUUGUUUCUUUAAAUAAUUGUACAAAGUUGGUAUUCCUCGACAUAGCGUGCUUUUUUAGUAGAAAGGAUGAGAAGAUUCCCUCUUACAUGUGGGAGGCUUGUCGUUGCUUUCCUCCUAAAGCAAUAAAAGAACUUCGCAACAUGCAUUUCUUGGAAGAUGGAGAAAAUAAUGAAUUGAGAAUGCACAGACUGGUAAGAGACUUCGGCAGGAAGCAUGUCGAGAGGAACAGUCUUCGAGAGCGCUGCAGGAUUUGGAAUUUCAGUGAUGCACGUGUCAUUUUAGAGGACGGUCUGCCUAAUGCACACGUCGAAGGCAUUAGUCUCCCAGUUGGAGAGGCUGGUACCGUUCGUUUUACAUGUGAAGCACUUGGCAAAAAAUCGAAGUUGAGGUACCUCAGACUGGAUGGGGCUAACAUUGAGGGAACAGCUGAGAAUCUUCUUGUAAAUUUGAGGCACCUCAGACUGGAUGGGGCUAACAUUGAGGGAAACUCUGAGAAUCUUCUUCCAAAUUUGAGGUGGCUUGAUUGGCAAGAGUGCCGUUCCAUUCAUGAGCUACGUAAUAUGGAUAUGAAGAAGUUGGUCAUUCUCGAUCUGGCUAGAAGUCCAGUCACCACAUAUCCAGGAGUCUGGAGGCAAAUUAUGGAGAAGGUGAAGGAAUUGAAAGUCUUGAACCUACAAGGAUGUAAUCUGUUAAGGGCAUCGUGGGAGUCUUCAGCUUCAACUGAUUUGGAGAUGUUGAUAAUGGAAGAUUGUACUCGGUCACGUGCACUUGGUGCGUUCAUCAGUCAGCUGAAGCUCUUGAAAUCCUUGAAUUUGAGAAACUGCAAGGGAGUCCAGCAGUUGGUCCAACAACUGCACGGCAAGGAAUUUUUGACGGAACUUCUGAUUGACGGAACUGACAUCAAAGAAAUUCAUAUUGAGAAUGAUUCUUUGAAGAACCUUGAAGUACUUAGUGCUCGUGACUGUAUACAGUUGAUGGACAUAUUCCCAAUUGGCCACCUGACGAAACUCAGAAGACUUGCUCUGGAUGGUGCUAACAUUGAUUGGGUUCCAGAAACUUUCGAUUUUCCUCCGAAUCUUGAAAGACUUUCUCUAAGAAAGUGUGAGAAGUUGUGUGAACUUCCACCUUCCAUCGGGAAGCUAAAGCAGCUGGAGGAAAUGGACCUUUCAGACACUAGAAUCACGCAACUACCAAAGUCAGUCAAGGAUUUGAGUAAUUUGAAGAUGCUAAAGAUGGAACGCACCCCCCUACAAAAAUUUCCUAAAGAUAUUGUGAAGUUAGAGAAACUGGAAGAGAUAGAUUUCUCUGGCUGCACAAAUUUGGAGGCCCAAGAGAGUUGUGAUAUUUCAGGACUAUCCUCCUUGAGAAUUUUGAGAUUAUCGUCAUCCAUUGUGGCUGGGCUACCUCAGGGCAUUUGCGGUCUCCCUCUUCUCCGAACCCUUGACGUACAUAAAUGUGAACGACUUCAAGCACUACCGGAGUUGCCCUCCAGUUUGGUCACUCUCUGCUGGGGAUCCAAAAUUAUGGCAGACCCCAGAUUGACAAAUCUGACGAAUCUAAAAGAGCUAUGCUUGAAUGUUGAUGAGCAGAUACAAGCGGGGUCAUCGAAUCAGACCCCAAACAUGUGGUGGAUCAUGGAUUGACAAGGCUAGAGACCUUGGAAUUGUCCUUCAAAUGUCACCAAUCUCCCUGGGAUUUUCGUGGCCUUACCAAGCUCCGGAACUCACUUUAUCCUACAUGAAAGAGCUAGACCUCACACAACUUCCCUCCUCAAACUUAUGGAUUCUGCGUCUCAAACACUGCAAAAUUCCAGAGCUAAAAUUUUCUAGUCUGAAACAUCUGUCAGAACUAGAACUAGAGGACUGCGAUUUAGCACAGAUUGAUGGUCUCGAAGAUUUAAAGCUUUUGGAACUCCUGAAAGUUUUUCAUUGCAACCGAAUAAUAAACCUUAAUGGGCUCAAAGAUUUACGACGUCUCAGGAAGGUGCAAGUAUUCCCUUUUGAUGCUGACAGAUUUUCAGAAUUACGCGAAUGUGGAUGUGAAGUGGACACUUGUAUCCCGCCUUCUUCUCGGUCUGUGGCUGGAUAGUCUCUGUCCUGUACGAACUACCGUUGAACUUGUGAUUCUUCGACAUGACAUCUCUUAGUCUGAGAAACCGGGUGGCCACCUCUCUAAGGGCCACAAAAUACCCCAGGCAAAUUCUUCUCAUCAGGCGAUUGUCAGUGGCAUCAAGAAUCUUGCAUCGAAGCCAUUGCCGAAGCCUUAGGAUGCAUCAUCCAAAGGCCAUCCGCUGCCUCUCAGCUCUUCAAUCACGAAGAAAGAGAAGACGAAGAAGAAAAAACAAGAUGUAGCAUCCGUGUGCAACGUUGCGAGGACUUCACGGACGUGAACCAUCACGGGCCUUCACUAUUUUCAGCUCUGCUAGUGAGAUUCGUCCUCAACACCGCCUUCAAGUUUUGCUUUUAUUCGUUUCAGUUGAUCAAGUCAUCGGGUUCCGAAUCUCCAGGAGUUCAUUAUAGGAUGGCGAAGCGAAAAUGAUUUGAUGGAGAUCUAAUUAGAAGGAACUACAAGAGAGUGUGCUCGUGAUCGUGAAAUUGAGUAGGAUGAUUGCGAUGUUGAAAGAGAAAGAGGGAGAUGGGUCUUUGAAUUGAUCUGCUGCAUGGAAAGGAUACUUUUCAUCCAUCGUUCUCUUCUCCUCUUCUUAUUCCAUUUUCUUCCCUCUCGCACCUCUGAAUAGAAUCCGAGUUCAUGGUGAUGGGAAGCAUGCUCUGUAUUCAUCUAUACAUCUAUAAAUAAUAACAAAGCAUGGAGAACAGAGCUUUUUGUCGAGCCA